AUGCCGCUCAUCAUACGGAAGAAUUUUUACUACAAGAAGAUGAACUUAUCGGACGACUUGGCGAAGUGGUCUGGAUACGAGGUCUACUUGAAGAACGAGACGCACACCAUUGUCUGUAUAAUUUUGAGGAGGAUGUUCAUCCCCCCUCUGUUGGACAAAAGCCAAGACAUAUUCAUCACGUUUAAAAUAUCCCACCAAAGUCAACAGGAGUUCGACGUCACGGAUAAGGACCUGCACGCGGAGGUCUACGUGGUGGCCAACUCGAUCACGCCCAACGACAUCCACAACGCUUUCUACGCCAACCUGAUACAAGUCCAAGUGGAUGCCCUCCUGUACAACUCGGAUGUGUAUGGGUAUUUCGAGACGGCCCUAAAAAUAAAGCCAUCCUACUUUGACCAACUGAAGAUGUUCUUCAAGUCCAUGCUGGUCAUACUGAAGGAAGGAGACGUCGUGAUUAGCUCCGACGUGAUGGACUUCCUGGGGGAGCACACCAAGGUGGAGAGAAACCUCGAGUACCUUCUGAACGUCAUCCUGAACCGGAUUCCAGGCGUGAACCUCCUGGACACCCACCGAAGCGAACAGAUCAAAAUCAACCGCGUGCUGCACCGCCUGUCUGACUACCUACUCUACUGCCUAGAUUCGGGUUUCCUCUCGGAGAAGUUCAACGUGACGGACCUGAUCAAGGGGGCGAUCGCGAUCAACGCGGACGGCAUGCCGGCCAUGAACGACGUGCUGAACUUCCUGCUGCACUUGCGCUCACGGGACUACUCCGCGGGCUACCGCAAAGACUGCCUGGAGCUGCUUCGCGAGGAGGAGACCCCCGCCCAGGCGGUUGCCCCGGGUGAAGAAGCAGGGGGCGCUGUGGAUGCCACCCCAAACGGUGCUACCGCUUCCGCGGGCACUACCGCUUCAGCUGGUACUACCUUUGCACUCACCCGGAUCGAGCAGCUGCUGGCGGGCGAGGACCACUCGGUGAGCGACUUCCUGCUGUUCCACCUGCACCAGUGCGGGUACAUCAACCAGCGCUGCAGGUACCAACACGACAGCAGCUACAAACACAUCAUCGCGUGCAUCCUCAAGCACGGAGUGAACAUGAAGAUCAAAAAAAAAAUCCUGCACAAGCUGCUGCUCUUUUCAAAUGAUUACAAAAAGAAAUAUGACUCCACCUUGGUAAGUGCAAUCGUCUACUUUCUAGCCAAAAUAUGUGAAGAAAAAAAAAAAAAAAAAAAAAAAAAGCUAGCUGUGCUAAUAUUAAGCGUAUUGAUAAACAUAACGAGUAACAACGAAGAGACGAAGACGGUACUCAUCCGAUUGGACAUUCACAAGACAUGCAAUUUGUUAAUUCUAUCAAAUGAUUGCGAGAUUGUGCAAAAGGUUUGUCUCCUCUACAUCAAUUUAAGUAAAAGCAAGUGGAUGUGCGAAGGCAUAGUCAACAGCGGAAUCCUCCUGCACAUGAUGGAUCUCCUUUUUAACAUCUACGCUAUUAACUUGCGAGAAAGGAAAGAGAUUUGCAUUAACAUCCUCUGUGUGAUUGGCCAGGUGUGUAAUUACUGCAAAACGUAUGCUCACUUUUUACUCUCCAAUCAUGCGGAGCUCGUGUCUGCUGCCAUGUACAUUUACCAAGCCACCAAUAAGCAGCUGUUUGAAAAGGGGAAGCUCAUCUACUUCUUUAAGCAAAUUCUGGUGAACAGUUACCAGAUGGGGGAGCAGAUCUGCCGACAGCUGUCUCCUCUAAUGAUUAUGGAAAUUUACUCUUCUUCGGAGGAUAAGAAUUUUAUUUAUUCCUCCCUGUCUCUCUUCGAUGCCAUGUGCUGCUACAAGGUCAACUGCCUGCACUUGGAGGGGAUGCAGAUCGCCCCGCUCCUCCGGUUUGUAAAGUCGCUCAACGUCGUGGAGCUCUACAGGCGCGCAGAGCGGAUCGAGGCCGCGCUCCGCAAAAAUAAACACUUGGGGGGGCCGUGA